AUGCCGUCGGUGCCCGUGCCGCUUGAUGUCCUUUGCAACUGCCUGGCUUUCAGCUCGCUCAGCGACCGUCUGCGCUGCGCGGUGACAUCUCGACGCUGGCAGGAGGCUGUCUUGGAGCCUUGUUUAUGGGCGAGUCUGGCCCCGGAGCCAGAAGACUUGCUCUUUCUGAGCUGUCUUCUGAAGAGGUUCGGAGCAAGCGUGCGAUGCCUGAGAAUUGCAGGACAUGGGCCGAAUCGCCUGGGUUCCAAUUCAUUGUCCUUUCCCCAGCUCGCGAAAUGUAUCAAUCUAGAGAAGUUAUGCCUUAGUGGUUUUCGAGGACGUGAUCUUGAACAUUUCUGUCAAUCAAAAUGUCAGAUGCCUGCUUUGCGUUCUUUGGUUAUCGAGUGCGACCCGUAUUUCAACUUGGGAAGCUUCUCGCACAACACUGGAGCUCACAUGGCAUCUCUGCCCAUUUCGUGGCUGGCCUGCUUUCCCAACUUGGAGAGGUUGGUGUGUGACUAUUUGAAAGUGGAGGCCUCGGACAUCGACGCAGAGGCCUGUGAUGAGACCACAGAUUCCGAGGAUGAGGUUGUGUGGCUGGAUCGAAAUGUCGAGCUGGACGUCCCUGACACCACAGCGAGAAGAGCUGCGGACAGCGCUGAAAACAGCGUUGCAAACAGCGCAGCGGGCACAGCAAGCAGCCAGGGACAUGCUGAGGUUGUUGCCAAUGCUGCAGAGGCUGCAGGACCUUCAGAUGCCUCCACCGCUUCUCGACGGCUGCCAGUGCCGGUCCCCCUAGAAUUACCGCUCGCGGCUCUGUCCCCACGUGGCCGGGAGGAAGCGCAGGGCUCGGGCUCGCAGCCGGGCCCGCAGCGGCAGUCGAGAGGGACCUCGGGCUCGGGCUCCUUAGGCGAGGAGCUCUUACCGCUCCAAAAGUUGCGUGACCUGAGCUUUGUUGCCGUGGUGAGGGGCAGUGGAUCCACAUGGCAUUCUGCGCACUGUCGAUGCGACCUCUCAGUGCUUGCUCGUUUGGCACCAGGUUUAGAGCGACUCUCUGUGCGAAGUCCUAACAUUGCCUUGGGGCGGAUGAGCAGACGGCCCGGGCAGCGCAUCGAGGGUCUGAUCCGCGUCUCGCGCCACUUCUGCAGCACGGGGCUCCGAGAUCUUCUGGCUGUGGGCUACCUGCUCCCGUCUCUCCGCUGCUUGAAGGUGGAGGUGGCAAAGGAUGACACCGGCAAUUCAUGGGAUUCCUCGGGUUCCCUCUUGACAGUUCCAGCUUCCUCUAAGCAGCUAAGCCAUGCAUCUCAUCUGGCUUUGCUGCUGGCGGUGCAGGAUCGGCCUUUCUUUCUGUCUGUGGGAACCUCGGAGGCUCUUGCGGCCAAGCUUCGCCGUGCAAGCAGUGCCACGGCCAGCCCAGCAGCUGUCUCCGUCUUUCAGAAUUUCGCCAUAGCGGAACAACAUCUUCCUUUGUUGCAGUGUUUGCAGAAGUUUCAAGAGCCGAAGGACCAAAAAGAGUCCAAGGACUCACAACUGCAGGAAUUCGAAGUAGACAUUGUUGAAGCAGCGUGA